AUGGAGUCGUUGAAUCGAGCCGAAACACUACUCUCUGGUCUCCAUCACCACCCUCGUACUAACACCAACAGAAACAGAGUUCCCAGAUCUGUCAAGAUCUUAAACACAUCCAAUCAUCAAAACCCAAGAAAGUGUCAAUGUUUCGAUCUCUACGACCAAUUGGUUCCAUACAAGAAAGCUUGGACAUGGCAGAAAACCAUUCUCGAGGAGAAGAAGUCAUUGAUUGACAGAAACCAAGACUGUCCAGACACUGUGAUUUUAUUACAACACUCUCCUGUGUACACAAUGGGCACUGGCAGCUCAGAGGAGUAUCUCAAUUUCGACGUAAAAGACGCUCCUUUCGAUGUGUAUCGAACUGAACGUGGUGGUGAAGUCACUUACCAUGGCCCUGGUCAGCUAGUUAUGUAUCCUAUAAUCAACCUUAGAAACCACGAGAUGGAUCUUCAUUGGUACCUCAGGAGGCUUGAAGAGGUUGUCAUCCGUGUUCUUUCCUCAGCUUUCUCCAUCAAAGCUUCACGUCUUGAUGGUUUCACUGGUGUUUGGGUUGGCAACCAAAAAGUGGCGGCCAUUGGUAUCCGUGUGUCGAGAUGGAUAACGUAUCAUGGUCUGGCUCUUAAUGUCACAACGGAUUUAGCACCGUUUAACUCUAUAGUUCCAUGUGGGAUUAGAGAUAGGCAAGUUGGGAGUGUAAAGGGUUUGCUUGGAGAUGGAAAACAAGGAAAGGUUGGUGAUCUGAGGUUGAUAGAUGUAGCUCAUGAGUCUUUACUUAAGGAGUUCUCUGAAGUUUUCCAGCUUCAACUCGAGAAGCAAACAGUUUCAGAAUCUGUGGUGGUUCUUACAAGUGUCCCAACUUAA